GGUCCGUCCGCCGCAGCCGCCCGCCGAGCAGCGCACCGAGAAAGCUCUGUCCAGCCUGGCCCAAGGAUGGAGUCCCUCCCUGAAGCAGUCCUGAUCAGAAUCCUGGCUUCCAUACCUGCAGUGGAUUUGGUGCUGGCGUGCCGCCUGGUCUGCUGCCAGUGGAAGAACCUGGUCGAUGGAGCCGCGCUUUGGAUCCUGAAGUGUCAGCAGGAAGGCCUCACUGGAGCAGAGUCACAGGAGAAUGCAGAGAACUGGCAAAACUUCUAUUUCCUGAGUAAGAAAAGGAAGAAUCUCAUCAAGAACCCAUGUGGUGAAGAAGACUUGCAGCACUGGGGAGAGGUAGAGAAUGGAGGUGAUGGCUGGAAAAUUGAAGAGCUCCCUGGGGACUUUGGAAAAGAAUUCCCUAGUGAAGAAGUCCAUAAAUACUUUGUUACAUCUUAUGAGUGGUGUCGAAAGGCUCAGGUCAUUGACCUUAGGGCUGAGGGCUACUGGGAAGAGCUGAUGGAUACAACCCAGCCUAAAGUUGUGGUCAAAGACUGGUAUGCAGGACGCAGUGAUGCCGGCUGCCUCUAUGAGCUCUGUGUGAAGCUGCUCUCAGAGAAUGAGGAUGUUCUGGCUGAGUACAAAAGUGAGACUAUUGCCAUCCCACAGGACAAUGAUGCCAACUGGACUGAGAUCUCCCACACCUUUUCCAACUAUGGGCCUGGGGUCCGCUUUGUCCGCUUCGAACACGGUGGCCAGGACACACUAUUCUGGAAGGGAUGGUAUGGCGUACGUGUUACCAACAGCAGCGUGACAGUGGAGCCAUAGCCAUGCUGAACUGG